GGUCCCGGUGCCAGCGCUCAGACGCCUUUUCAUGUUUUUGCGCUCUGCUCUGCAGGUGGACGCUGACAGGCCGGAGGAGAGCCGGCUGAUAGAGAUUGAUGAGUCUCAGCGCAGCGAGCACACAGUCUUCAUCACGCCUCCAGAGCUGCCCCCCCUGCCUGAGGGGGAGGAACAUCCACUCUGCUACAGGUACGAUGGCUUCCCAGUGUUAACUCUUGACCUGUUUGACCCUGUGGAGGGCCUGCGGACCCCCUCCUCCCGCCUCACUGCCAAGCAAAGCUGUCCCACUAGCCCUGCCCCCAUGUUCAGACGCACCAAGCAGGAGAUCAAAACAGCCCAGAAGAUAGCCAAAAAGUACUCGUCCAUCCCUCAGCUGUGGUCCAAGUGCCUGCUCCGUCACUGCUACGGCCUGUGGUUCAUCUGCCUGCCAGCGUACGUCAAGGUGUGCCACUCCAAGGUUCGGGCGCUGCGCACGGCCUACGACGUCCUCAGGAAGAUGCAGGCUAAGAAACUGCAGCCACCUGAUGAGGUCUGUUACCGGGUGCUGAUGCAGCUGUGUGGACAGUACGGCCAACCUGUCCUGGCAGUCAGGGUCCUCUUUGAGAUGAAGAAGGCCGGAGUCCACCCCAACGCAAUCACCUAUGGCUACUACAACAAG